AUGUUUCUAUCUCCAUCUGCUCUUGUCUUGCUUUACCUAGCCCACACCGCUGCUGGUGGCGUCUUGAAUAAACGCACCACAGUCGGGGGCACUGCUGUGGUUCAUCUGGACAAGUCCUCAGGAAGCCCGCAGCAACUUGCAUCUGGAAUUUUGUACGGAAUUCCGGAUCAGCAGAAUCAAAUUCCAGAUAGGUAUUACACUGGAAUUAAUUUCAAGUAUAGCAGAGCUGGUGGAGCUCAAACCGCUGGCCAAGGCUGGAUAGGUUCACUCGCUGGCUACAAGACUCGGUUUCAAUCCGCCCUCAACAAUUAUAAAACCACGAGAAAAUAUGGAGGAACAUUCAUUCUCUUACCUCAUGACAUCUGGGGUGCAGAUGGCACGCAAGCUUCAACCGUAGCUUACCCUGGCGACAACGGGGAUUGGUCCAACUAUGAUGCGUACCUCACUCAGCUCAUCUCGGACAUGAAGGCGAACAACAUGAUUGACAAUGUCGUCAUUGACAUCUGGAAUGAGCCUGAUGGAAAGGCCUUCUGGAAUCGACCUCAAUCACAGUACCUUGACCUCUGGGGAAGAACUUAUUACAGAUUCAAGCGAGAUCUUCCUCAGUGCACAACAUCUGGGCCUUCCUAUGCUGGCGCUCCAGACUUGUCCAACACCUGGUGGACUAACUGGGCGUCUUUCAUUGCAAAGAAUGGAAGCAUCCCCACUCAAUACAGCUGGCACAUGGAAGGAGGCGGCGGCGACAUGCAGUCAUCAGUUUCGACCUACCAAACCAUUCUACGCAACAAUGGACUAGCUACCGACCACGUUGUUAAUAUCAACGAGUAUGGCGUUUGGUCAGAACAAGGCCCUGCUGGCAGUGCGUGGUGGAUUGCUCAGCUGGAACGCGUCAACGCUUACGGCCUUCGUGGAAACUGGCUUUCUGGAAAUGCCCUUCAUGACUUCAUGGCGGGCCUGUUGGGCAAACCUCAUGCAUCUGAUUCCUCUUACAGCUACACAGCGGGUGGUUACUGGCCUACCGGAUCCUGGCAGGUGUACCACUACUACGCGAAGAACAUGACCGGCACUCGUGUGUCGACAGACCCAACCGCAGACCUCCGAGGCGAAGUCUACGCAGUCGUUGGCUCUAACAAGGUUCGCUUACUUGUCGGUUCGCGCGUGGCUACGGGAACCUUCAACAUUCAGCUUUCACAGCUCUCGGCUGUUGGACUUCCAACAAGCGGCACGCUCCAGAUCCACACGUACGGUUUCCCGGGCUCGGACGACCACUAUGCCGAGUUGGACGCGCCGACUGACUUGGGGGUAUAUGGACAUCCGUAUACUGGUAACUCGGUGUCAUUCCCCAUCUACCAGACGGAUGUGUACACAGCUUAUGCGUUUGAGUUUUCUAUUUGA